UAAAACUGUGUGGCCUUUGUAUACAAAGGUUUGAAUUUUCUUUUAUCAGACAAUGUAUUAGUCAUAUUCCUUUGGCGUAGAAUUGUGGAGAUUGGUAAAAUAUUAGAUAAGAACAAAAUUCGUUUGUUAAAAAUUGAAGCACGAAGCCAAUCAAGGCUGACAAAGUCUAGAAUAAACAAUCUGUGUUUGGUGGCUUAAAACGUGUUAAAAAAAAUACCGGCUUGAAAAGGAAUUGCACAAAUCGAUUUACCAGGGGCAGAUGGUGCAAAAGUGGUAUUUACCUUGUUCCAAAGUUGGAUAACACGGCUUUCAGUUUGAUUUGCUCUAUCUCUUGUAAAAAAAUGGCUGAUACGGACACAGUUGUAUCAUGGAAUUGGACCGAAUUUUGCUCCACUGGCAUAAAACCCUUUGCUCACAACUCCAACGAUUUAUUACCCUGCUUUCAGGAAAUUAUACUACAAAUUCCAAUUUAUGCAAUAUUUGCGACAAUAUCAGCUUGCAAUUUUGGAUAUUAUACGCGCACUGUGUUACGUGAUGAACUGCAAUUGCGACUACUUUAUUUGCGUAUAGGCGUGACCGUUGUGUUGGCGCAACUUCCUGUUUGGAAGAUAUUCGUUUUUCAUCAUACGGGCGUUAAAUUAUAUGCAGCCGAUGUGUUGGUGGUGGCGACAGAAUGUGUGAUGUGGGCGGUACAUGUGGGUUAUUUAUUAUCGACACGUCGUUUUGGCAGUCUCAGCCACCGUGGUUCGCUUUGUAUAAAUGUUACAUGGUUAGCCGUUUUUGUUUUGGAUGUGGUUUGGUUACGUACAAGCGUUAGUUAUGAAUGGUGGCCAUGGAGUCUGGUAACUGUGAUUUUCGAUAUUUUCUACGCUUUAACAUUAAUACCUGCGGGUAAUGCAGUUUUUAGCACUUCCUCACGAUAUUCUUCGAACAGAGAAGAUGAAUCGCUGCUUGGCAACCGCUACACUUACUUUCACUUUGAUUUAAAUGAAUCGCAUCUGGGCCAUGCACAAGACGAAGCUGGUUAUGCAUCACGGUUCACCUUUAAUUGGGUAAAUCCUCUAAUAACAAAAGGUGUUGCUGGUUGUCUUAAAAAAAUUGAAGACCUCUUUGAUCUACCCGAUUCAUUGAAUAUAUCAAGAUUAAGCGAACGUCUACAUAUCUGCAUUUCGCAAACGAAAACAUUAUUUUGGGCUUUGCACAAGGGUUUCGGACGAGAAUUCUAUCUAAUAGGCAUAUUAAGAUUUAUUGCCGAUAUUGCCGGAUUUGCUGGUCCGUUACUGUUGGGUGGCUUAUUACAAAAUAGAAGUGAAAAUGAUACUGCAGGAUCGGAUUGGAAUCCUUAUCUUUAUGCUUUAGGACUAUGUGCGACGACAUGGCUUUCGGCUAUAUGUGGCACGCAUUUUAACUGGCGCAUGUCCAUGAUCGGCAUGAAAAUGCGAAUUGGACUUGUUACUGCCAUAUAUCGCAAAUCGUUAGAGGCACGCGGUCUUAAGAGCUCUCGUCCGGAGAUCUUGAAUCUUAUGUCUACAGAUACAGAGCGUAUAGUGAAUUCAUGCAUCAGUUUUCACUCUUUUUGGAGUAUACCAUUUCAACUUUUUACCACACUCUAUUUGCUCUACACGCAAUUGGGCGCCGCCUUUUUAGCUGGUUUAAUAUUUGGCAUUGUACUAAUACCCAUAAAUCGCUUACUGGCGCAACGUAUUGGGCAAUAUUCACGCGGUCUCAUGAGCGCCAAAGAUCUACGUUUGGCUGCGACCAGUGAAACCAUGAGCGGUGCAAAGCAGAUAAAAAUGCACGCUUGGGAAGAUAUAUUUAUUGAGAAAAUACGCACCUAUCGCAAGGAUGAAGUGACCUUUUUGAAAAAACGUAAAUACUUGGAUGCGCUGUGUGUUUACUUUUGGGCUACAACGCCAGUUUUGAUGUCCUUCUUAACAUUCGGUGUGUCUGUGCUGAUGGGUAAUCCACUGAUAGCGGCGUCCACCUACACAAGUGUAGCGCUCUUAAAUAUGUUAAUUGGACCGUUGAAUGCGUUUCCUUGGGUACUCAAUGGGCUCAUAGAGGCCUGGGUGUCCUUGAAGCGUGUGCAGGAGCUUAUCGAUUUACCCAAUUUAGAUUUCUCCUCAUAUUAUAAUCCAAUCGUAAAAUCCACGCGUUAUGAGAGUUCCACAAAGUUGGAUGAUAGGCCUAUUGUUUUGGAAAUGAAAUCGGCAACAUUUGAACAUGAAAAUGGCACAAAACAGAACAAUAACGAACAUCAGCAAGAGAAAUUCCGCUUGGAUAAUGUCAAUUUAACAGUGAGAAAGGGUGAUUUGGUAUGCCUUGAAGGACCCGUCGGUGGCGGCAAAAGCGCUUUAAUCGAUGCUAUAGUUGCUGGUAUCAACUGCACUUCGGGCAGUGUAUGUGUGCACGAACUGAUUUCGGGUUUCGGUUAUGUGCCGCAAUCGCCUUGGUUACAACGCGGUACUGUGCGUGACAACAUCAUUUGGGGCAGUGUCUUCGAUGAGCAAUGGUACAAGGCGGUUGUGUACGCGUGUGCGCUGAAUGAUGACUUGGAAUUAUUGGGCGGUGAUUUAACUGGUAUUGGCGAAAAUGGGCGUACAUUGUCGGGCGGGCAACGUGCACGUGUAGCUUUAGCGCGUGCUGUGUAUCAAGAUAAGAAAAUCUAUUUGUUGGAUGACAUACUCGCCUCAUUGGAUGCGCAUGUUUCACGACACAUUAUUAAACAUUGUAUAUUGGGACUGCUGACGGAGAAAACUGUUAUUGUGGUUACGAGAAAUGUAUCCUUGUUCUAUCACGCGCAUCAGAUAAUCCAUGUGGAGGAUGGCAAAGUAACACCAAGUCAAUACAUGUUCUCCAGUAUUGAUAUUAAUUUAGAAUUGGAUACAGGCGACACUGACGAUAUAUAUGAUUGCACGCGUAGAUCAUCACUUGCGGUGGAAGAUCAAAAUGCUUCUGAUAAAAAGAGUGUUGAUAGCAUCAUGUUGGAGGAAUCACGUGAAUAUGGCAAAAUCUCUUUGAGUGUGCUUUCUUGUUAUUGGCGUGCGAUUGGCACACCCCUAGCCAUUACCACCUUAAUGUUUGUGAUACUAAUGCAAUUGACACGUAAUUUAUCCGAUGCCUGGUUGGCACAUUGGGUUACCGAUACCACAUUGGAUCCACAAAAUAAUGACACAACUUUGGAGCAUAUAGUCAAUGUGCCACAGGCGUUUAGCAAUCACACAGUGCCGCCACACAACACCGGUUAUUAUCUGGGCAUUUUCGCUUCGCUAGCUGUGCUCAAUUCGCUGACGACCAUUGCGCGUGCAUUCCUCUUCGCUUUUGCUGGCAUCAAAGCGGCCAUUUAUGUACAUGAACGUUUGUUGCACAAAGUGUUGUAUACCAAAUUCAAUUUCUUUGACAUCACCUCAGUUGGACGCAUUCUGAAUCGUUUUUCCUCGGAUACUUACACAGUCGAUGAUUCCUUGCCGUUCAUAUUGAAUAUACUCUUGGCACAGUUAUUAGGUUUGACAGGCGCACUUUGCAUCAGUCUAUAUGCCAUGCCUUGGUUGGGCCUCAUUAUCAUACCGAUGGUACCGAUUUAUCUCAAUCUACAAUAUCGCUAUCGCUACGCUUCGCGUGACAUAAAGCGACUGUCGAGCAAUGCGCUCUCACCGCUCUAUACACAUUUCACAGAGACACUGCAAGGUCUCGUGACUAUACGUACAAUGCGUGCGAGCGCACGCUUCCAACGUGACUUCCACGCCAAACUGGAGGAGAGCAUUAAGGCGCAGCUAACAGCGGCAGCAGCACAACAAUGGUUGAGUUUACGCCUACAAAUGCUGGGCGUAUUGCUGGUGGCAGGCGCUGGCUUUCUAGCGGCCAUUACAUCAGCACAUGUGACCAAUCCGGGACUCGUUGGUUUAGCCAUUUCGUAUGCGCUUUCCAUUACGGGACUACUAAGUGGCUUACUGAAUGCUGUCGCUGAAACGGAGCAGGAAUUCGUCGCAGUCGAGCGUGUGAAUGAGUAUAUGCAGUUGGCGGGUGAAGAGAAUGCAGAGGGUACUUGUGAUCCACCUUUCGGUUGGCCCAGUCAGGGUGCGUUGAAAUUCAAAAAUGUGGAAUUGCGUUAUCGCGACAAUUUGGCACCAGCGCUGCAUGACAUCAAUAUGCGCACAGAGGCGUUUGAGCGCGUCGGCAUUGUGGGCCGCACUGGCGCAGGUAAGUCGACGCUGGUGGCGGCCUUAAUGCGUGUGGCGCCACUAAGUCGCGGCGAGAUCACGCUGGAUUGUGUCAAUGUGAAGACGUUGGCGGUGAAGGUGCUACGCGAACGUUUGGGCAUUAUACCGCAAGAACCGUUCUUGUUCGAAGGCACUGUGCGCGAAAACCUCGAUCCACGUCGCACCUAUUACGAUUCGGAAAUAUGGCAUGCGCUCGCCACCUGCCAUGCUGCCACACAAUUGGUGCAAUCGCUCGGUGGCUUGGACGGUUGCAUCGAGAAGGGCGGCAUCAAUCUGUCAGCCGGUCAGCGGCAGCUUAUGUGCCUAUCACGUGGCUUGCUCAAAAAUGCCAAAGUCGUUUGCAUUGACGAGGGCACAUCCAAUUUGGACGACGAAUCGGCCAUAGCUAUGCAACAAGCGUUGCGAAAUUCCUUUAAAAGCUCAACAGUGCUCUUCAUAGCGCAUAGAUUGCGUGGCCUACAGCUGAUGGAUCGUAUUUUAGUUAUCGAACAUGGUGAGAUCGUUGAGGAGGGUUCGCCGCGUGAUUUGGCACAAAACACAACCUCACUCUUCCAUAGUAUGCUGCAAGCGCAACGCAUCAGUGUUGAGGAGUUUUGUGCGAAUUAAUAGUGGUUUGUAAGUAAGGUAAGGUAAGGUAAGGUCUACAAUACACAUACAUAUAUGACAAUUUUUAGUACACAAAUAUUACUAUUACUACUUUAUCCGUUACAAAAGUAAUUAUUUUUAUAAAUUUAAUCAAAACUGAAUUGUAGUUAUGUUUAUAUGAAAACAUGCAUAUUUAUGUAGCGAAAUUUACGUGAACAUAUACAUACAUACAUAUGUAUAUUCCUACAAAAUUAAUAUAUAUUUAUAUUAUAUUAUGCUGAAUACUGUAAUAGUUUUGAUAGUCAAAAAAAUAUAUAUAUAAAAUUAGUAAUUUACUAACAAAUUACACAAAAAUUAUUUUAAAUAAUAAAUUGAACUGAAUUCGACUAGUCGAAUAGUAUUAAAAUUUUAA